AUGAAUGUGGAUGAUGGUGAUGUAGAUGACGGCGAUGAAGAUGAUGGUGAUGCUAAUGAUGGCGAUGUAAGUGAUGGCAAUGUAGGUGAUGGUAAUGUAGAUAAUGGCGACGUAGAUAAUGGUCAUGUAGAUGAUGGUGAUGCAGAUGGUGGCGAUGUAGAUGACGGUGAUGCAGACGACGGCGCUGUAGAUGAUGAUAAUGGCGAUGUAGAUGAUGUUGAUGUAGAUAAUGGCGAUGUAGAUAUAGAUGAUCGUGAUGUAGAUGAUGGCGUUGUAGGUGUAGAUGUUGAUGUUGUAGAUGAUGGCAAUGUAGAUGAUGAUUAUGGUGAUGUAGAUGAAGGUGAUGUAAAUGAGGGCGAUGUAGAUGAUGGUGAUGUAAAUGAUGGUGCUGCAGAUUAUGUUGAUGUAGAUGAUGGUGAUGUAGAUGAAGGUGAUGUAGAUGAUGACGAUGUAGAUGAUGAUGUAGAUAAUGGCGAUAUAGAUGAAGAUGAUGGUGAUGCAAAUGAUGGUGCUGUAGAUUAA